UGUUGUAUAACAUCAGGUCUGGGCUCAGCUCAGCCACUCAACGAUCAAGUGCCUCUCCUCACAUCUCCGGCAGACAUGGCUCUCCUGUCCGUCCUCACGCCUGUCCUGGCGGUGGUCCUGUGCCUGGUGAUAGGCUUCAUGCUGGUGAGGUCACGGGACACAGAGACCACCUCGACCUCUCCGGACAAAACUAAAGCGGCGUCGAAAGCGAACUUGAGACCGUGGGUGGACCAGGACUUACAGGACGAUACAGAAAGCACAGCCAGAGAGGACGAGGAUGGUGAUUGGGUGGACAGCAAUGAGGAGGAGGAUCUUCCACAUGUGCCCUACUCCCCGAAACGUUACACUGAGGAGACAAUGCUGGAGAGAUCCAAGGAUUUCUACACUCUGAUGAACCAGCGGAGAUCUGUCCGAUUCAUCAGCCCAGAGCCGGUCCCACGAGAAGUCAUAGAUAAUGUCAUCCGCACUGCAGGUACGGCCCCAAGUGGAGCACACACAGAGCCCUGGACGUUCGUUGUGGUGUCAGACACAGAGACGAAGCACCAGAUCAGGCUGAUAGUGGAGGAGGAGGAGGAGAUGAACUACCGUCAGAGGAUGGGGGACAAGUGGGUCAAUGAUUUGGCCAAAUUAAGGACAAACUGGGUUAAAGAGUACUUGGAUGUCGCGCCAUACCUGGUUCUCAUCUUCAAACAGACCUAUGGGAUUCUACCAAACAGCAAGAAAAAGACACACUACUACAAUGAAAUCAGUGUCUCUGUAUCCUGUGGGAUUCUGUUGGCUGCAUUACAGAAUGCGGGUCUUGUUACCGUCACAUCGACUCCCCUCAACUGCGGCCCCCAGCUCAGGGUGCUCCUCAAGCGGCCGGCCAAUGAGAAGCUGCUGAUGCUUCUUCCUGUAGGUUACCCUGCUUCAGACGCCACCGUGCCUGAUUUGAAACGCAAGCCUCUGGAUGAAAUUAUGGUGCACAUGUGACAAAAUCAAUCUGCAGAGAGAAUGAAAUGCAAAAAGCCAAAUUCUUUUUCCUUUCAUUAGAUGGGGUGUAACCUCACUGACAGUGCUAGAUAAAAGCCCGCUCGUACAAAUGUUAAAUAAGUCAAACAAGGACAAUGUACAGACAUCUGAAGGUCAACCACAGAGAAAAACAAACUGAAAUCUAAAUGGUUUCCAGAAAUGCUGCCAAGAAUAAAAUACAGUCUGUUUUCAGCUGUUUGCAUUGGCACUGCUCGUGUAAUUUGUUUUUGUGAAAUGCAAUGUAAU